AUGAUCGUCUCUCGUCGAAAUGAUUUGGAUGAGAACAAUGGCCCAUAUGAGUUGCUGGAAGACAUAAGCUCAUUCCCAGCUAACAUUAUAGCAUUUGAAAAUCUACCACAGGAGACUAACACUGCGGAUGCAUAUGAAUCCUUCAGGGACGCGCUGGACUUGAGCAAAGAUCUCAUACUCCCAAUUACCGAUCUUUUCAUCUCAGAGCAGUUUGAACACCUCUACUCACCCGACGCCGAAAGUCCCACAUCAACUACUCGUAUGAGAGAUGGCGAUUGA